AAGAUUGGGAAGUUCUUCGAGUUUUUUUUUUCAAUAUACAGAUAGCAAGAUGACUACCGUUUGCUACGAAGCUAAGAACAGUUCUAAGACAUGUUUGUCAACCCAGGUUCCGCUUUCGUACUCUAUCAAUUGUAUACUAAAAUCUCACGAAAGAACUCCGACAGAACUCUUGUCGUCACCUCCAAAAUUAAUUUGUGUUCCUCGGCGACAAGACGACAUCAAGACAGAGACAUAUUUUGGUUGUUCUGAUAACAGUUCUACCAAAAAAGGUGAUUAUUCCCCACCAAAGCUGCACAAAUAUCCAAAGGAUAUACUGGAUAAUGUCACGUCCAACCUCAACUUACAUGCAAAAGACAAAGAUGGAAAUGCAAAAUAUGAGCAACAGAAACCCCUACGGCGGACACGUACGACAUUUACGGGAUUCCAAAUCUACGAACUAGAGAGAGCUUUUAAACAAUCAUGCUACCCGAGUGUAUACAGUUUGGAAGAAUUAGCAACAAGGCUCAACCUGCAAGUGGCUAGAGUUCAGGUAUGGUUCCAAAACCGGCGGGCAAAGUGGCGGCGCCAGGAGAAGGAGAGGAAAGUGUUGCGUGGAAUCAAACGUCAUGAGGAUUUUCCUCUUAACUUACUUAAACAUAGCAUGUCAGCCAACAUGUUGAACACUCACAAGCUAACAAUCAGACCGUGGAUAACUUCGCCCUUAUUGGGUUUUUCUGGGUCUUAUCCUGGUCUCCUACCUCGUAGACCGUUUGUUAACACCUUUAGUACCUUCGAAUGCCGUUGCGUUCUCGUUAUUUCCCUCAUGGGCUGUCAACCUAAGAACAAGCCAGCAGAAGAUUAAAUUCAAUUUAAAGAAGUGAAACGUUAACAACAUAAAAUUCCGGCCGCCAGCGGAAAGUCAGGACGACAUUGAGAAUCAAGGGGCAGACUAAAGCUUCGAUCAUGGUCCCGGCAUAAAAAUCCCUGGUAGGCUUCGCGGGGAGAGUUUUUCUAGGGUUUAGUGUGGCUCAAAUUGUGCUUUUACACCAUAAUAUUUGGGA